UUCGUUUGCCGCCUUGGCUGAAGCAGGACAGUCGCAAUUGCAAUGGCGACGUCGACAGACUUUCCGUUAGAAGGACUUACAGGAAGGCCUAUCGAUUAUGAAGAUGCCACUUGGAUUCUCACUAGUGCCUUUAUUGUCUUUACCAUGCAGUCAGGGUUUGGACUCAUUGAAUCGGGAAUGGUUACGAUAAAAAACGAGACAAACAUAAUGGUCAAGAACGCCAUUGAUAUUAUCUUUAGUGGUCUAUCUUUCUGGUUAUUUGGUUUCGGAUUAAGCUUUGGAGUAGACGAAGGUACGAACGCCUUCACAGGGGUCGGAUAUUUCCUCACAGAAGUACCUAUCGACAAAGGAGAAGUUUAUGCCAUGUACUUCUUCCAAAUGGCACUGGCUUCCACAGCGACCACAAUUGUGUCCGGAUCUAUGGCCGAACGAACGAAUCUCAAGGCUUACAUGCUGUAUUCCUUCGUGAGCACGCUGUCAACGUGUUUUCCAACUCACUGGAUCUGGGGCAAGAAGGGACUUCUCAAGGAACUUGGUGUCAUCGACAUCGCCGGUUGCUCUGGAGUGCAUUUAGUCGGAGGAGCCGCAGGACUCGCUGCUGCAGUCAUGUUAGGGCCUAGAUUAGGUCGUUUUGAUGACAACAAGAAAAGGCUCCAGCCUUGUUCCAUGACUAAUGUGCUGUUAGGAACGUUCAUGUUGUGGUGGGGCUGGCUGGGGUUUAACUGUGGCAGCACCUUUGGUAUCACUGGAGAAAAAUGGAAGUUAGCCGCUCGUGCAGCAGUUGUCACAUUAAAUGGUUCAAUCGGUGGGGGUAUCGUCGCAAUCGCUUACAGUUACCUCCAAGAUGCAGAAACAUUAGAUGUUCCAACAUUCGUAACUGGAAUCCGUGGCGGUCUGGUGUCAGUUACAGGUAUAUGUGCUCUUGCCCGACCAUGGGAAGGAAUUUUGAUUGGACUGUUUGGUGGAAUGUUCGCCUGCUUACUGUCUGACGCCAUGAUUAAACUUAAGAUUGAUGAUCCGGUCAACUGCGUUGCUACCCAUGCCGGAGCAGCAGUCUGGGGUAUGAUUGCUGUGGCUCUAUUUGCUGAACAAGAGGAAAACGAAGGAUUCUCAAAGGAAAAGGGCCUAUUUAAAGGAGGAAGCUGGCGACUGCUCGGUGUCCAGUUGCUUGCAUGUCUUGUAACAGCAGCUUGGGCAGUCGUGACGACAGUUAUUCAACUUUUUCUGAUCGAGAAGACAAUCGGAAUACGACUUACGCGGGAGGAAGAGUUACAGGGAUGCGACUUUGUAGAGCAUGGAAUCGGGGAAGAAACUGGGGACGAGAAAAAAGGUGAGGAGGCCCCACAGCUGGAGAGCUCCAGCGCACCGAACCGUCUUGUAUCUGCUCAACGGAGAAAUGUAACUGAAAGGGAACAGAGCCAGGGAAAAGAUCAAGCUUCAAAAAAUUCCAGCCAGAAUCGUAUAUUUAGUUCCACAGAUAUAGGAAAAGACAACGAGGGCUCACGAAAUUCGAACGAACUGCCAUCGAUGUGCAGUAUGGAGUCGGAUAUUGAGGAACUUCUGAGGCAGGAAUCAUGUUAUCCUAUGAUUAAACAAAAGGGUACCUUAGACAAAUGUGUACAAGUUAUCUGCGAACAUGGUGUGUUGAUUGAACUGUAAAAUAUUCUUGAGAUGUUGAUAUAUAUAUAUAUAUAUAUUCUUUACCAUCACAUCUGCACCAGAGUUUCUGGCUAUUACUACGUGAACACGAACCUCCUCAUAUCAUAGUCUAUUGCAUUAAUAAAUUUCCGUGUUAAUCUAGGAGUGACUGACAUUUGGUCAGUUCUGUCUUGUCGUAGUUUUGAUAAAUAUUCAUUACAUUGAAAACAAAUAGCAAUCAAGCUUUUAACUUAGUGUUUUGCGCCAGCAUGGUAUCACUAUUUUGGGACUGAGCUUAUCCAAACUGUACAGAUAACCAUCCAUUAAAUAAUAGGUAAAUGAAAUUAAAGCACACAAGGCUAACGUACCUUAACUUUAUUUGCACAAGACAUUAUACAAAACGUAAAAGGUCACCUUUUUAUGACGAUUCAAAGGUUAAUAUGUUUAGCACUACGAAUUAAUCGAUAUUUGAACCGUUUAUUUACAAGGGGGGCCUUUCUAUGAGACAAAUCUUCGAUAUAGCAACAAAUUAUUUAGGCCAAACUAAAGAAUAAAGAUCUAUUCGCACCUUCUUUUCGAUCACUCUCUAACCUGCAUUCCAAUAUGCAAAGCAAUUACUCCAUUCUAAAAAAACAGCAUCUUUGCGAGUGGAUUUUGAAUGAAA